AUGAAUAGCAUCACGUUACCGAAGAAUAUUUCUCUGGCAGACCCUAUUUUCCAGGAACCAGGAUCGAUUGAUCUAUUGAUUGGCGCAGAAUUAUAUUGGAAAAUACUUUUAGGCGCAUCGCGAAAUCGCAUAAACGGGCAACCUGCGUUGCAAAAUACAAAGCUUGGCUGGAUAGUAAGAGGUUCUCCAAACGACGAUGAAGCUAAUUCUUCGUCGUCUUGUCUGCACGUGUCGGAUCAAAUAUUGAGUGAACAAGUCGAGCGGUUUUGGAAACAAGAAACGAUUCCCGAGGCCUGUCAAUAUACGAAAGAAGACAUAGAAUGCGAGACAAAGUUUAUCGAAACUACAAGACGAGACGAGACAGGAAGGUUUAUUGUUCGUCUACCAGUACGCAUGAGCGUGAAAUUAGGCAAUUCGAAAGAUUCGGCAUAUCGGCGAUUUAUUGCGCUAGAACGACGAUUGAGUAAAGACCCGACGUUAAGGGCGAGCUACGUGGAUUUCAUGCAAGACUACGAGCAACAAGGACACAUGUCAGCGGUGACGAAUGGAAACGCACUCGAAUCGGAGUCAUUAUCUGCCACAUCAAGCUAUGUGGCGGCUAUGUUCAGACAGAUCCGUGUGGACAAGCGAGAUCGAGUAUUACAGCGAAUGCACUGGAGAGAAGAUUCGAGUCAACCAGUACAAGUUUUUGAGCUGAACACAUUAACAUAUGGAACAGCAUGCGCUCCAUAUUUGGCGAUGCGUUGUCUUCAACAGUUGGCGAGGGAGCACCUUGUCGAUUUGCCAGAAGCUGCGCAUACCAUUAAGGAAGAUUGUUACAUGGAUGAUAUUUUAACGGGAUCGAGAAGACUCGACGAUGCAAUUAAGUUGCAAAAGAAUAUCUCACAAAUUCUCAUGAACGGGCAAUUUCCUCUUCCACAAGUUUUCGAUCCACUCGGGCUUCUAGCUCCUUUGUUGAUCAACGGUAAAAUAAUUCUUCAGCAAUUAUGGUCGCCUAGCAUCGAAUGGGAUGAAAGUGUACCCGAAAAUAUCCGCGCAACGUGGGAAAGUUACUAUCUCUCCUUGCCGAAAAUCAAUGAAUUACGAAUUCCGAGAAAUGUAAUUCCAAGGCGAAACUCGGAGAAAUUCAAUGUCGUUGGAUUCGGCGAUGCAUCAGAAAAAGCAUACAGAGCAUUAUCACCUUUGAAGACAAUCUCAUUACCCAGAUUAGAACUUGAAGCCGCGCUUUUACUUUCGCGAUUAUACGUAAUAGCGCGAAAUUCGUAUGGUUCAAGAAUCGAUGAAGUUACCCUCUGGAGUGACAGCACGAUAGUGCUUGGUUGGAUAAAAAGUCCACCCUGCUCGCUAAAGACGUUUGUAGCGAAUCGCGUUUCAAAAAUUCAAGAUAUGACGGAAAAUAUUGCCUGGCAUCAUGUGUCUUCUAAAAAAAAUCCUGCUGACUUAAUCACGAGAGGGGUCAGCGUGGACACGCUAUUGAAUAGCGGCCUCUGGUGGAAUGGUCCCCACUGGUUAAAAUCCGAUUCUUAUCGACCCGAACAGGAAGAAGAGGCGGAAAUGAAUCUACCGGAAAUGAAAUCCACAACGAUGACAAUGAAGACAACGGAGGAUUACGUAUUGAUGAGAUAUUCCUCCUUUGACAAGCUCAAACGGGUGAUUGCGUAUUGCAUGCUAUUCAAGAAUAACGCUCUCAACAAGAAGAAAAUUGGCGGUCCAUUGACGGUUGAAGAAUGCGAUGAGGCUGAAAAAGCGAUAGUAAAAUUGGUGCAACAAGAAACAUUUCGUCAAGAGAUUCGAGAUUUGAAGGAGCAACGAGAAAUCUCACGCAAAAGCCAAAUACGAGGAUUAGAUUCCUUCCUGGAUACAGACGGUCUGAUUCGAGUGGGAGGGAGAUUCCGAAAUUCAAAUCUACCCUGGACACAAAAGCAUCAAAUAAUUUUGCCGGCCAAGCAUUUUGUAAUCGGUUUGAUUAUACGCAGUGAGCAUGUUAGACAUUAUCAUUGCUCAUCGGAGCAGCUUCUCAACGUAGUUCGGAAUCGUUAUUGGCCAGUAUGUGGCAGACAAGAAGUGCGAAAGCUUGUUAAAGGCUGUCUGACUUGUUUUCAAUUUAGGCCAACAGUACAGGAUGCAAAAAUGGGAAAUUUGCCCAAACAACGAGUAAGCGGAUUUAUUAGAUCGUUUACCCACACCGGGAUCGACUACGCGGGACCUCUGCAAGUACGAGAAAGUCGACGUCGUGGACGUAUUCAUGUUUCGAAAGGAUACAUAGCCGUGUUUACGUGUCUCAGCACAAAGGUCGUUCACUUAGAACUCGUGUCGGAUUUAACUACGGAAGCAUUCUUAGCAGCCAUGAGUCGUUUUACUGCCCGACGAGGUAUAUGCUCUCAGAUAUUUUCCGAUAAUGGCACAAACUUUGUCGGGGCUUCGCAUGAAUUGAAAAAGAUAUACCGCUUUCUUGAGAAGGAAGCUCGGGAAAUAGAAACAAAUCUCGCUCAACAGCGUAUCGUAUGGAAUUUUUUUCCUCCUCGUGCCCCUCAUUUUGGAGGCAUAUGGGAGGCGGCAGUAAAGAUAACUAAAAGACAUUUUUAUACGGUGACGCAGAGUAGACUGAUGACAUUUGAAGAAUACGCUACACUGCUAACGGAAAUCGAAGCGAUUUUAAAUUCGAGAUCUCUCACACCACUAUCCAAUGAUCCUAAUGAUUUUGAUGCAUUAACCCCAGCCCACUUCCUUAUUGGCGGCUCACUAAGCCAACCUGUCGAGAAUAAUUAUCUGGGAACUCCAGAUAAUCGGUUGCCACACGAGUAUCUGCAAGAACUUCAAAGACGCAAUAAGUGGACAACCUGUAGCAAAAAUAUCGAGUUGAACGCUUUGGUUCUGCUCAAGGACGAUAACGAGAAUAACGAAGAGCAAGAAAGUGACGAGUUCCCAUUAAAUUUAAAUUCUCAAGAAGAUCUAUCGAAUUCAGGCGAUCAAGAGAUAGAUGAUGAGCCCUCAAAUGACUCAACAAUAGAAAAAAUGCCGUUUAUUGCUCCAGAAACGAAACAAAAGAAAAGAAAACUGCACGAUAAAAAGGAUGACGCGAAAUUGGAAGAAGCAUUUAAAAUUCUUAAAGAAUCGGCUGCAAGGAAAGAAAUACCACCUGAUGAUUCUGAUAUGGGAAAAUACGACUAUCCUAAUCCUACUUUUAAUUAUGAAAAUGUUCCAGCUUCAAAUUAUCGUUCUACACAUUUUUAUGAUAAUGAAAUUUUAACAUUUAGUCCACUACCGAAAUUUUUAUUAUUAUAUGUUUCAGUUUUUACAAUAUUUAUGGCAGGUUUAAUAGCUAAUUUUGAGAUAGAUUUAAAGAAGAUUAUUGCUUUAUCAACAUUAAGUCAAUUAGGUUUGAUAAUAAUAACUUUAAGAUUAGGAAUGAAAUUUUUAUCCUUUUAUCAUCUUCUUACUCAUGCGGUAUUUAAGUCUUUAUUGUUUAUAUGUGCAGGAAUUAUAAUUCAUUUUAUAGAUAAUAAUCAAGAUAUUCGAUUUUAUGGAAAAUUAAUGAAUUUGUUCCCUUUUACAAUAAUAAGGUUUUAUAUUUCAAGAUUAGCUUUAAUAGGAUUUCCUUUUUUAGCAGAAUUUUAUUCAAAGGAUUUAAUUAUGGAGAUAAUUUAUAUAAUAAAAUUAAAUUUAUUUAUUUUAAGUUUUAUUAUCUUAUCAAUUAUGUUUACUGUUUCUUAUUCUUUACGAUUAAUAUAUUAUGUUUUCUUUAGGGAAUUUAAAUGGAUUAGAUUAUAUAAUAUUAGGGAAAAUAUGUUAAUAAAUGUAUCAAGUUAUUUUUUA